GCGGCGGCGGCGGCUUCCCGAAGUCCGGGCGUUUGGCGGAGUGGCACACAGCCGGAGCACUCUCCCGCCAGUCGGUAUUGUGGGGUGACUGCGACCAUGGCGGAGUCGGCGCCUGCUCGGCACAGGAGGAAACGGCGUUCCACACCAUUAGCUCCCACCACACAACCUUCACAAACAACAGAGAAAAACCCAUAUUUUCAGACCACAGAAAUCUCACUUUGGACAGUGGUGGCCGCUAUUCAGGCUGUGGAGAAGAAGAUGGAAUCCCAGGCUGCCCGGCUACAGAGUCUUGAGGGACGAGCAGGGACAGCCGAGAAGAAGCUGGCUGACUUUGAGAAGACAGCUGUAGAGUUCAGCAACCAGCUGGAGGGCAAGUGGGCCGUGUUGGGAACCCUGCUGCAGGAGUACGGGCUGCUGCAGCGGCGGCUGGAGAACGUGGAGAACCUGCUUCGCAACAGGAACUUCUGGGUCCUGCGGCUUCCCCCAGGCAGCAAAGGGGAGACCCCCAAGGUGUCCGAAUCCCUUGAGAAUGAUGAGGUCUGUUUCUCGGAACAGGAGUGGGAGAACCUGGAGGACUGGCAGAAGGAGCUCUACAGGAAUGUCAUGGAGAGCAACUAUGAGACUCUGGUCUCUCUGAAGGUCCUUGGCCAGCCAGAAGAAGAAGUGGAAUUGGGUGCAGAGAUGGUGGGUGACUUGGUAGAAGAAGGUACCCAUCUGGCAGAUAGGGCCAUGGUUAAACAGGAGGUGCUGUACAAGCAGGAGGACCCUGCAGGUCUGCCCAGCAUGUUUUCCAGUGCUGCUGAGCAGCAGGCUUUCUUUGGCAUGGAGCAGGCUGUGUUCUGGAAUAGUCCAGGAGAUUCUGCCCUCUUGGAAUCAGGCCCUGGGGACUCUAACCCUGAGUCAGUUGAGGGCAGUAGAAACCCUGCCCCUGGUAGAAAAGUGGACUGCCCCCGAAAACAGAAGGCUCAGAGGCAGGUACAAUUGGGUCAGGAGUGCGGACAGAGCCUGAAGGUGAAAAGGGACAGCAGCCCAUACAAGUGUUCUGAAUGCCAGAUCAGCUUCCGCUACAAGCAGCAGCUGACUGCACAUAUGCAGAGCCACGUGGGCAGAGAGUCUUACUCGGCCACAGAACCAGAGGAGAGCCUUAGGCCCAGGCCACGACUGAAACCACAGGCCAAAAAGUCGAAGCUGCAUCAGUGUGAUGUGUGCCACAGGAGCUUCAGCUGCAAAGUCAGCCUGGCGACCCACCAGCGCUGCCACCAGCAGGGGGGCGCCAGCGCCAGCCCUCAUAUCCAGGAGAGAUUCUCACCUAACAGCUUAGUCGCUCUGCCUGGCCACAUCCCGUGGAGGAAAAGUCGGAGUUCUCUCAUCUGUGGGUACUGUGGCAAGAGUUUCAGCCACCCGUCUGACCUGGUGCGGCACCAGCGCAUCCACACUGGCGAGCGGCCCUACAGCUGCCCCGAGUGUGAAAAGAGCUUUGUCCAGAAGCAGCACCUGCUGCAGCACCAGAAAAUUCACCAGCGGGAGCGGGGUGGGCUGGCUUCAGAGAAUGGAAGGCCCAAUGGCCUGCUUUAAGGUUGCCAGCCCCUCACCGUCUGGGGGUGGAGGGGGGUGGCGUGAGACCCCCGCAGAGAUACUACAAAGUUAGGCUGACUUCUUCCUGAGGAAAAUUGUUUCUUCUUUGCCCCCCUUGGCUAAGCACAAAGGCUAGUCUGAGACACAGGAGAGAUCUGUGCCCCAGCCUCUGCCAUCUUGGCCCUGCUACUGGGUUUACUGUUUCUUUAGCCUUUCAGGUCCUUGGUUUUCUCCUUUCUGGUGCACUGUCACACCACAGGAACUGGGGACCAGUUCCAGGGCCCACCCUAGCAUUUCACACGUCUUCCCACAGUUGAAUGGGGCCACAGAGGUAUGUGGAGAGUUCCGGGAAGUACCUCUACUUCCCUUCCUUUUUUAGCCUCCUUGUUAAAAACUAGUAUAAAUAAUUUAAACGAACUGCUUAGGUUGUUCUAAAGACCUCUUUUUGGAGUUAGAUUCUUGUUGAUUUUUUUAAAAUAUAGCUCAAAACUUGUUUUAUAAAUUUCAAGAGUUGUAGACAUUGUUCCUAACAUGGGAACUGAGCCUACCCUCCAGGAGGGUUAGUUUAUGGGCUCCUUUAGCCCACCCACACUUAAAAUAGGCCAGAGAGCCAAGACACUGCUGGGCUCCCUUGGUGGGUUGCAGAGUGCACUCAGAUGGGGCUAGGAGAAGCCCCUGAAGCCCCUGCUGGGAGUAAAGACUUCUUUGAAGAAGCUGAGAGCUCAGUUCUGGGAGUUUGGUGUCUCAUACUCUACCCCUUUUUGCCCCUGGCUUUGCUGUGUUUCUGCAGUUCUGGGGGCAGGAGUAGAAGGCAGAGCUGGGUUCCUAUACCAGGUGUCACUUAAGGUUCAGAUUAGACCUCCAGUGUCUUUCCCAGAAAUGGAGAAAACGCACAGACGCUUGUCUCAGGAGUGUUGAGUACCUGCCCCACUGUCAUUUCGGGAGGGGGGUGAGAGUGGGUUCCUUGGUCACAUGUGAAUGUAUCCUUGGAUGUUUUACUAUGUCUGGAAUAAAUCUUGUUACUUGUAUUUAAAAAAAAAAUCACAUGGGAUGUUUUCUGUUUAUCGAGACUUGUCACCAGGAGUCAAAUGAGGAGAGGUUCCUCACCAGGAAACCUAGCCUGACCCUAUGAUCAUCAUGCCUCAGAGCUCAGACACUGGACCAGGGAUACUGUUGCUGCUACAGUUUUACACUUCAAUGUCAAGGUUAGGUUCUGUUUCCCUGUCCCCAGAAGUACUUGCUAGGAGCUUGAAGGUAGUACAGCUCAGACUCCAUCCUACACCUCUGGGUUGAGACAUUUUUGUUGUGUUUCUGUUUUUCAAGACAGUGUAGCCCUGGCUAUUCUGGUACCCUCUCUGUACAACAGGGUGUCCUCAAACUCAGAUCUGCCUUCUGCUUCCGCCUCCCAAGUACUGGAAUUAAAGGUGUCUACUAACACUGCCUGACGGAAUUUACAUUAAAGAAUAUUUUUGUUCUUUGAGGUGGGGUUUCAUAUGGCCCAAGUUGGCUCUGAACUUGCUGUGAGGCUGAAGCCGUGCUUGAACUCCUGAUCUUCCCAUCACCGUUUCUCAAGUACCACCAUGCUGAGCAACAUUUCCUUUUAAUGCCAGCAUACAGCACUUUUAUUGCAAUAGUAAAACUUGAAAUCCAUAUGUUACAGGGGGUAGGGACAAAAGCAUACUUUAUCCCACCAAAUCUCACUACACAGGACAGCAGGAGGUGAGAAGAGACGAAGGAAAAGCCAGGAAGUCAAAGUUAGCAGAGAGCUAAGCUUCAGAACCCAAGAGAUGCUGUAGGUAUGAUGGUCAGUGUCAUCUUCUCAGAGAUGGCUGAGUGUGCAUUGGGUAGAACGUCUACUAACAACACCUAAAUAAUGCCUUCAGUUUAAAAUUUUUGUUAAAAGUACUGAAAGUUUAGGAAGUGGAGCUUGGAUAGUUAGAAAAUUACAAAACUCGUGAAAAUUCCAUUAGAAAUACAAUAGGAUUUUUGUUUAUUUGUUUUUUGGGACAGGGUUUCA